CGCCAUGAGUGUGGACGCGUACGGGCCCAGCUCGCAGACGCUGACUUUCCUGGACACCGAGGAGGCCGAGCUCCUGGGCGCCGACACGCAGGGCUCGGAGUUCGAGUUCACCGACUUCACGUUGCCGUCGCAGACGCAGACGCAAGGCCAGAGCCAAGGGCCGAUCGAGGGACAGGUAAAUGGACCCGAAGGUGUCCUGCAGAACGGAGCAGUGGAUGAUGCAGUGGCUAAAGCGAGCCAAUUGUUAGCGGAAUUGAACUUCGAAGAGGAUGAGGAAGAUACAUACUACACCAAGGACCUUCCUCUGCAUGCGUGCAGUUACUGUGGGAUUCAUGAUCCAGCCUGCGUGGUUUACUGCAACACCAGCAAGAAAUGGUUCUGUAAUGGCCGUGGAAACACUUCUGGAAGCCAUAUUGUGAACCACCUGGUGAGAGCCAAGUGCAAGGAAGUGACUCUGCACAAGGAUGGGCCCCUGGGGGAGACGGUCUUGGAGUGUUACAACUGCGGCUGCAGGAAUGUGUUCCUAUUGGGCUUCAUUCCUGCCAAAGCCGAUUCUGUGGUAGUUCUGCUGUGCAGACAACCCUGUGCCAGUCAGAGCAGCCUGAAGGACAUCAACUGGGAUAGCUCGCAAUGGCAGCCGCUCAUUCAGGACCGCUGUUUCUUGUCCUGGCUGGUGAAAAUUCCCUCCGAGCAGGAGCAGCUAAGAGCACGUCAGAUCACGGCACAACAGAUCAACAAGCUGGAGGAGCUCUGGAAGGAUAAUCCCUCGGCCACGCUCGAGGACCUGGAGAAGCCGGGAGUGGAUGAGGAGCCACAGCAUGUGCUCCUGCGCUACGAGGAUGCCUACCAAUAUCAGAACAUCUUCGGGCCGUUGGUCAAGCUGGAGGCCGACUACGACAAGAAGCUGAAGGAGUCUCAGACUCAGGACAACAUCACUGUCAGGUGGGACCUUGGUCUGAACAAGAAGAGAAUUGCCUACUUCACUCUGCCCAAGACGGACUCCGACAUGCGCCUGAUGCAAGGGGAUGAGAUCUGUCUGCGCUACAAGGGCGACCUGGCUCCUCUCUGGAAGGGAAUUGGCCACGUGAUCAAAGUCCCCGACAACUACGGGGAUGAGAUUGCCAUUGAACUGCGAAGCAGUGUUGGGGCACCAGUUGAGGUGACCCACAAUUUCCAGGUGGACUUUGUCUGGAAAUCCACUUCGUUUGACAGGAUGCAGAGCGCACUGAAGACCUUCGCUGUGGAUGAGACCUCGGUCUCUGGGUACAUUUACCACAAGCUGCUGGGCCACGAGGUGGAAGAUGUGAUCAUCAAAUGCCAGCUUCCCAAACGCUUCACGGCUCAUGGUCUGCCUGACCUCAAUCACUCACAGGUUUACGCUGUGAAGACUGUUUUGCAGCGUCCUCUCAGUCUGAUUCAGGGCCCGCCCGGCACCGGCAAAACAGUUACCUCUGCGACCAUUGUGUAUCACCUCGCCAGGCAGGGCAAUGGGCCUGUCCUGGUGUGCGCUCCAAGUAACAUCGCCGUGGAUCAACUGACGGAGAAGAUUCACCACACGGGGCUGAAAGUGGUCAGGCUGUGCGCCAAGAGCCGAGAGGCCAUCGAUUCACCAGUCUCCUUCCUGGCACUGCACAACCAGAUCCGCAACAUGGACAGUAUGCCCGAACUGCAGAAGCUGCAGCAGCUGAAGGACGAGACCGGGGAGCUGUCGUCUGCUGAUGAGAAGCGUUACCGUGCGCUCAAAAGGACAGCCGAGCGGGAGCUGCUGAUGAACGCUGACGUGAUUUGCUGUACCUGUGUGGGUGCAGGCGACCCGCGUUUGGCUAAGAUGCAGUUCCGCUCCAUUCUGAUCGACGAGAGUACACAGGCUACGGAACCCGAAUGCAUGGUGCCAGUGGUGCUGGGAGCGAAACAGCUCAUCCUUGUGGGUGACCAUUGCCAGCUGGGGCCAGUGGUCAUGUGCAAAAAGGCCGCCAAGGCUGGUCUGUCUCAGUCGCUGUUUGAGCGCCUGGUUGUUCUGGGAAUCCGGCCGAUUCGCCUGCAGGUCCAGUACCGGAUGCAUCCGGCGCUCAGCGCCUUUCCGUCAAAUAUCUUUUAUGAGGGAUCACUGCAAAAUGGCGUCACUGCGGCGGAUCGUAUUAAGAAGGGUUUCGACUUCCAAUGGCCGCAGCCUGACAAGCCGAUGUUCUUCUAUGUGACUCAGGGCCAGGAGGAGAUUGCCAGCUCAGGAACUUCCUACCUGAAUAGGACUGAGGCUGCUAAUGUGGAGAAGAUCACCACCAAACUGUUGAAAGCUGGCGCGAAGCCAGAUCAGAUCGGCAUCAUCACUCCUUACGAAGGGCAGCGAUCCUACCUGGUGCAGUACAUGCAGUUCAGUGGGUCUCUGCACACUAAGCUCUACCAGGAGGUGGAGAUUGCCAGCGUGGAUGCAUUCCAGGGCCGAGAGAAAGACUUCAUCAUCCUGUCAUGUGUGCGAGCCAACGAACAUCAGGGGAUCGGGUUUCUCAAUGACCCUCGCCGGCUGAACGUCGCCCUGACCAGAGCGAGGUACGGUGUCAUCAUUGUGGGGAACCCGAAGGCACUGUCCAAACAGCCCCUGUGGAACCACCUCCUGAACUAUUAUAAGGAGCAGAAGGUGCUGGUGGAGGGGCCACUGAACAACCUGCGCGAGAGUCUGAUGCAGUUCAGCAAACCCCGGAAACUGGUCAACACCAUCAAUCCGGGUGCCCGGUUCAUGACCACGGCUAUGUACGACGCACGGGAAGCCAUCAUCCCAGGAUCUGUGUACGACCGAAGCGGACAGGGCCGUCCCUCCAACAUGUAUUUCCAAACCCACGACCAGAUUGGGAUGAUCGGAGCCGGCCCCAGCCACAUCGCAGCGAUGAACAUCCCAAUCCCUUUCAAUCUGAUGAUGCCCCCAAUGCCACCUCCAGGGUACUUUGGGCAGGCCAAUGGGCCAACAGCAGGUCGCGGCCUGGCUAAAGGGAAAGCAGGUCGCGGUGGUCGUCAGCGGAAUCGAGGCAUGGGCAACCAGCAGAACAACCCGUCCAACCUCCACAACAGCCAGGCCAGCCAGGAUGUGGUGUCCCAGCCUUUCUCUCAGGGCCCCCUGACCCAGGGCUACAUCUCCAUGAGUCAGCCCUCACAGAUGAGCCAGCCAGGCCUCUCUCAGCCGGAACUCUCGCAGGACAGUUACCUGGGCGACGAGUUCAAGUCUCAGAUAGACGUGGCUCUGUCACAGGACUCGACUUACCAGGGGGAGCGUGCAUAUCAACAUGGCGGAGUGACUGGGCUGUCACAGUACUAGAGUGUUAAAGUGAAGAGAGCUAGGCUUGAGCCGAGCUUAGUUCAACAGUAAUUCAAUCUGGGGAAAAAAACAAAAAUGGAUACCUGUUUCCAACUGCGACAACUGAAGCACCACUGUGUGAGAGCAACAGGAGAGCGAGAGAGAAAGAGAGAGAGUAAGAGAAACCAAACGAAAGGAAGAG